UCGCCUCACUUAUGGGUCGGAAGCGCUGCGUGGGGGAGACUGUUCCAAGAUGGCGGCGGGUUGCUGUGGGGUGAAGAAGCAGAAACUGUCCAGUUCGCCCCCCUCCGGCUCGGGCGGCGGUGGUGGCGCCUCCUCCUCCUCCCACUGCAGCGGGGAGAGCCAGUGCCGAGCCGGGGAGCUGGGACUAGGAGGCGCCGGGACGCGGCUCAACGGGCUGGGCGGGCUGAGCGGCGGCGGCGGCGGCGGCGGCUGUACCCUCUCUCCCCCCCAGGGCUGCGGCGGCGGCGGCGGCGGCGGCGGCGGGGGCAUCUCGCUGUCUCCACCUCUGAGCUGCGGAGUGGGAACCCUACUUUCUACUCCGGCCGCCGCCACCGCCUCCUCGCCGUCCUCCUCGUCCUCAUCCCCGGGCUCCCGGAAGAUGGUGGUGUCAGCGGAGAUGUGCUGCUUUUGCUUCGAUGUGCUCUACUGUCACCUGUACGGAUACCAGCAGCCCCGGACCCCCCGCUUCACCAACGAGCCCUACCCACUGUUUGUAACAUGGAAGAUUGGUCGAGACAGAAGAUUGCGUGGAUGCAUAGGUACUUUUUCUGCCAUGAAUUUGCAUUCAGGACUCAGGGAGUACACACUUACCAGUGCCCUUAAAGACAGCCGUUUUCCACCAAUGACAAGGGAUGAGCUGCCACGGCUUUUCUGCUCGGUGUCUCUGCUCACUAACUUUGAGGAUGUCUGUGACUAUUUGGACUGGGAGGUGGGUGUGCAUGGCAUUAGAAUAGAAUUCAUCAAUGAAAAAGGAUCAAAACGCACCGCCACCUACCUACCGGAGGUUGCAAAGGAGCAAGGAUGGGACCAUAUUCAGACCAUAGACUCCUUACUAAGGAAAGGAGGCUACAAAGCUCCGAUUACUAACGAAUUCAGGAAAACCAUAAAGCUGACCAGAUACCGUAGUGAAAAGAUGACCUUGAGUUAUGCUGAAUACCUUGCUCAUCGCCAGCAUCAUCACUUCCAAAAUGGCAUCGGGCAUCCCCUUCCGCCAUACAACCAUUAUUCCUGACACUGAGCCGCACAACCAGUCACUGGGCCUCUCUGCAGACCUCUUCCCAGGAGACCCUACACCUUCUUGGUCUAGCUAUCUCUUUUACUGUACCAUUUUAUGAUGGUAGUUUCCGUUGCCAUGAUGACCAUCAUGGUAACGGGUAGGAAAAUGGCAUUUGUUAAGAAGAUCUUGUUAUUAUUUUAGAUCCUUGAUUUUUUUGCAGCACAUACAGCUUUUGGAGUUUUCUUUCCUUACAAUAUUAGGUAUACUUUUGCUUUACUAUCUCAGUCUUUUUAUCCCUUUUCUUUUUCUUGCUUCCUCCUUCCUUCUUUUGACUGUGGAUGGAAGAAAGUAUGCAGUUUUUGAGGAUUUAUUAGGUUUGUCUGUAGUAUUUCUCAGUAAGGUAGUCAUUUUUUGAUAGCUGAGUUGGGGAUUAACUCAUAACAAAUUCGGGUAUU